AUGGCUAUCAAUGGGCUUGUUCUUCCACCAAUUACCAUCAUUUGGGAUGAUAGUCGACCACAGACCAGUGACGAGGAAGUGGUAUUCUGGUUAAACGCGUCAUUACUGCACAACGCCGUCCAGCCCGGCGUCCGCAAAGAGAGAAACAAAACUGACGAUGUGAGUGAUGACUUAAUUUUUAGAACCGCCGCGGCGAAGGGAAACCGGAGCCGGCCGGUUGGAGCACGUGUGGCGCAACGGUUUGAGCGCUCGCCUCGC